AUGCAGUUACUGCAGCUAUCAAGCGGAUGUGAGUCAGAGAUAGUUAGAAACAUGUCAGUUACAGAUCUGCUAAGACCGAAUAUUCGGAAACUUGUGCCGUACAGAUGUGCGAGAGAUGACUACAAGGUCGGUAUUCUUUUGGAUGCCAACGAGAAUACAAGCGUGACGGCGGUUAGCGACCUUUCAGAGGCUGAAAAGCGCCUGGAUCUAAACCGAUAUCCGGACCCCCAUUUGGUUGAUGUCAAACAGCUUUUGUGCAACUUGCGCAAUGCAGAGGCUGCAAAAUCUGGACUGCCUGCCAGCUUGGCUCCUCAGAAUAUUUGUCUCGGCGUAGGGAGUGAUGAAUCAAUUGAUGCAUUGCAGCGAGCUCUGUGUCGGCCGGGCACCGAUAAAAUCCUUAUUUGUCCGCCAACCUAUGGUAUGUACAAGGUGAGUGCUGAUAUCAACGAUCUAAGCGUUGUAUCUGUGCCACUUGACGAGAAUUUUGACCUGCAAACGGACAAGAUCAUCGAGAAACUCCAAGCUGAUCCGACAAUCAAAAUGGCUCUUGCGUGCUCCCCGGGCAAUCCGACUGGCAAGCUGCUCAAAAUGGAUGAUAUUCUGAAAAUUACCCGGGCAUGGACCGGUGGUGUUGUAGUUGUUGACGAAGCCUAUGUUGAUUUUAGCGGUCCAUCCUGUGCAACCUUGGUUACAGAAAAUGAACGCUUGGCUGUGUUGCAAACUCUGUCAAAAUCGUUUGGAUUAGCUGGACUGCGUUGCGGAGUCACUUUUGCUCAUGAAAAUCUUGCAAUUGCGCUCAAUUCUAUGAAAGCACCCUACAACAUCUCCUCUAUCACGGCUGAGCUGGCUCGUCGAGCUUUGUCGCCGGCAAGUAUCAAGAUUAUGCGUGAUGGUGUUGCUCAGAUUGUUGCCGAACGCGCCCGUAUGGUUGCCGAGCUCCCUAAGAUUGACGGUCUCGGUAAAAUCGUUGGUGGCUUGGACGCUAAUUUCGUCAUGGUGCAAGUGCUCGACAAAGCCGGCGGUGUGCCUUCGAACGAGCACGCCCUCAAAAUAUACAAGCUUCUCGCAGAGACAAAGCAAGUGGUUGUCCGCUACCGCGGCAAUGAGCUGAACUGCGUGGGGUGCUUGCGUAUUUCGAUUGGAACCAAAGAUGAAAACGAUACAGUUAUUCAAGUCCUCGAAGAGGCCCUUUCAGAAUAG